AUGUUCGAGGAUAUUUUUGUGCAGUUUGGCCCUGGCUACAGCAGCGUUGAGCUUAACAAUGCUCCCCUCAUUAUCAGCAGUCAUGAGCCGUUAGGAAUAAAAUCUGCCGUGCACAAUCUGGCACUCGACUUUGGACGUGUUCUGACAAAACGCCUAAAGCAGACGGUCGUGGAAGCAGAUACCGAUUUGCCAAAAUUAGAAGUCGACACAGCUAUCAUCAUCGGCUGCCUCGAGUCCAGUCAUCUGGUCCAAGAUAUGGUUAGCAAGGGCAAGCUUGAUGUCGAAAGCAUAUCCGGGAGAUGGGAGUCAUUCUGUACCAGCGUCGUUGCCAAGCCUUUUGAGGGCAUCGCAAAAGCCCUUGUCAUUGUUGGAAGCGACAAGCGUGGAACGAUCUAUGGAGCCUACACCCUAUCUGAGCAGAUUGGCGUAUCACCUUGGUAUUGGUGGGCAGACGUGCCGCCUAAGCAGCACUCGGCGAUAUAUGCAAUUGACAAAUCUACGUGCCAUGGAGAGCCAAGCAUCAAAUACAGAGGCAUAUUCUUGAACGACGAGGCUCCUGUUCUCACGGGUUGGGUGUUGGAGAAGUUUGGAAAGUACAAUUCUCAGUUCUACGAGAAAGUAUUUGAGCUUAUCCUCAGACUGAAGGCCAACUUCCUCUGGCCCGCAAUGUGGCCCGGCUACCCCAAUCCAGGUGCAUCAUUCUUCACCGACGAUUCGAGAAACCAGGCAUUGGCGGACGAGCUUGGCAUAGUCAUUUCGACAUCUCACCAUGAACCAAUGCAACGACUAUCCAACGAAUGGUUCGCCGAGAACCCAGAUGGUAGCUGGAAUUGGCUGACAAACAAAGAUCGUAUCACUGACUUCUUCCGAGAAGGAGUUCAAAGAGCAGCGGGAAAAGAGUCCUACUUCACUCUAGGCAUGCGAGAUGUGAUUCAAACGCAGCGGCAACUUUUCAAGGAGGAACACGGUGCGGAAGAUGCAGUCCCACAGGUUCUGGCCUGCUACAAAGAAGUUCAGACUAUGUACGAAAGUGGUAAGUUGGAAGUUCCUGACCAUGUCACCCUACUUUUUGGAGACGACAAUUUCGGUACGAUACGAAGACUGCCAUCGGUAGCUGAAAGGAAACGACGAGAUGGUGCAGGCAUAUACUAUCAUCUUGAAUAUGUUGGGUGGCCGAGAUCGUAUAAGUGGAUCAACAGCAAUUCGCUGGGCAAAAUCAAGCAUCAACUCAUGCAGGCCUACCAUCGCCAAGCCAGACAGAUCUGGGUCUUCAACGUUGGAGAUCUGAAGCCAGUUGAGUGUCCGCUCUCUUUCGCCAUUGCUGUAGCUUGGAAUUGCGAAGCAGUAAGAAACAUAGAUGUCAAGUCGUUCCAUGACGAAUGGGCGACACAGAACCUCAACACUAAAAUUGCUCAAAGCGCUGCUGAAGUGCUCUGUGGCUAUGACCGGAUAGCCUCAAUCAGGAAACACGAGCUCAUCGAGCCCACCACUUUCUCGAUACUGAACUAUCGGGAAUCGGAAAUCUUACUCGACAGACUCAGCGACCUCCUGCAACAAGCCUCGACUAUCUAUGAGCAAGCGGACGAGGCGGAGAAAGCAACUUGUUUCCAGCUCAUCCUGCACCCAGUCAAGGCAACCUGGAUCUAUUACAAAAUUCAAAUUCUGCGCAGCAAGAACCGCCUCUACGCCCGACAGAGACGCAACUCCGCGAAUCGCCUCGCACAAGAGAUCCUCGAUCUCUUCGAACAAGAUUUUGACUUAUCGGAAGAGUAUCAUUCCUUGUUGAAUGGAAAAUGGAAUCACAUGCUUCGUCAGCCACACUACGGGUAUGAGGACACCUGGCAUGCGCCGUCUCGGGAUAUGAUCGAUGGGCUAUGCUAUGUUCAGAAACGACAGCAUUCGAACCCAAUUGCCGGGAAUAUGGGAGUUGCUGUAGAAGGGCAUGAGGGUGUGAGACCUGGUCGGUGUAAUGAGGAGUCUGACCGCACUCAUCCGAGCAGAAGAGAUCUUGUUCCUGGUGUCACAUUUCAGGCGCUGAGUCGAUACUCUACCAAGAACAGGUGGUUCGAGAUCUAUACGCGUGGACCGCGAACUAUACAUUGGUAUGUGACGACACCAAAGGAGUGGCUGAAGUUUUCGAACGGCGACGGUAUGCUUGGACCUGACGAUGAUGAUGUGAGAAUCGAGAUCAACGUUGAUUGGGAUCUGGUACCUGACACGUUCGAAGAGGAGAUCUUGAUCGAUGUCAAGUCGAAGGAAGGAGACUUUGAGCAGCUUCACCUACCCAUCACCGCCCGAAAAGUGCCUAAAACCAUCACACCAGGCUUUAUUGAGGCGGAUGGUUACGUCUCGAUACCAGCUACCGCGUCGCAAAUACAUCCGCCAUAUCGCGUUCUGCUCGACACUGGAAGACUCCCGACUGGUUCCAUCAGUCUCGAUACUUCAACACACAUUCAAGGCGAUGACCUACCCUUCCUGACUUACACCUUCUACAACUUCACUGUCGUGAAGGAAGCGACCUUGAUCAUUUACUUCGGCACGACUUUGAUCCUCUCGCCUGACGAGACUCUGCAGUAUGAUUUACAAGUCGAUGAUGGACCAGUCGCGACCCACGAUCUGUACUCCGUUAGUGCUGAAGCGAUACAAAAGUCCAAAGAUGAAGGCUGGCCGGCUGCUGAUGGAUGGUUUGAAGCUGCAGGAGAUAAUGUUUGGGUCAACCGACAUAUCAUCUCGGGAGAAGUCCUUACGCCAGGCCGGCACGAUUUGAGGUUCAGAUUACGCCAUAGCAAUAUGCUGCUUGAGAAAUUGGUUUUGGAUCUGGGCGGAGUAGGCGAAAGCUAUCUUGGGCCGCUGGCCAGUCUUUUUCUAGCACAACAGUGA